AUGAUCGCUGAGUGGGACCGCAUCUCCUCGCAGGUACGAUCCGCGAGCAAUGAGUCGGAGGCCCGCGUGAGCAGGCGCUCGUACCAGCAUCAGCUAGCCCUCCGAUCAGCGAGGCAUGCCACCCACCCACUGGAUGCCAUCUCCAACGGCGUGUCUGGAGGCCCCCUCCUGCUCCUGAAGGGGGCCAUGGCAAGCGGGAGGCUCGCAGCCUUUGACAAGCAUCUGAACCUCGUGCUGCGGGACGUCUCGGAGCGGUACACCGUCCUCAUGCGUGGCAAGCGCGACGGCCGCACGGUGCGGUGGCAGGAGGCGCGGCAGCGGACGCUGCGCCAGGCCUUCCUGCACGGCAGCGCGGUGGUCUCGGUGUCCCUGCACCCCCAGCACGCGAGCGGGGUGUGA